AUGAAGAAAGGGGUGGAAACGGCCACGACAACUAAGGUGGUUGCUGCAGCAGCAGCAGCAGCGGCCGCGGCUAGCUUUGCAGAAAAUGUUGAUCUCUGGGCGCAACAGGACUGGAUCAAGAAUAUCCUUUCCAAAUCAGGCACCGAAAUAAAGGAAGUUCCAGCAGAAGAUCUAUGCAAAAUGGUGUACUAUUCUGGCCUUCCCCUGCUCAUGACGCAACAGCAACAGCAGCAGCAGCAGCAACUUCAGCACGGUCCGGAUGGUACAAUACUGCAGCUAAACUACAACGAUGCAAAUAGUGCGGAACAGUACGCGGUACCGGGGCAAUCGGCUCGCAACGGUACCAUGAAUGGCUAUCAGCCCCAGCCACAACAUCACACGAUCAGCCUCACUAACGGGCUAACGAUCAGCAACGGCCCGCAGAGUUGUAACAGCAACAGCAGCAGCAGUAGUAGCAAUGGUAGCGGUCAACUGACCAUUAUGCUAAAUCCACCGGUGUCGGGCCAGUCAAUGAACCACCAGCCAUCAGUGCUGCCAGGAACCUACGGCGCACCGAUAUCUCCGCUAGAAGAGAAAAGAACAUCCUCGUCACCAGAGCAGUCGGCUUAUCCGGCGCAGAUGAGCAGUGCGCCGGCAAGUUCCAAAUUUCGCUGUGACCAGUGCAACAUCAGCUUCGGCAGCAAAAGCGCACACACCAGCCAUAUGAAAUCUCAUGCCAAACAGCAGCAGGCGAGCGAAAAGAUGCCGGUGGCCAAGCUCGCGGAGUCAGCAAUUGCAGCAGCCGGCACCACCGGUACCGGUUCGCUCGGCACACAGCAACCCGAUCCGUACCAGUGUGAUGUGUGCAAGAAAACGUUUGCCGUGCCGGCACGGUUAGUGCGGCACUAUCGCACCCACACCGGUGAGCGACCGUUCGAGUGCGAGUUUUGCCAUAAGAUGUUUAGCGUGAAGGAAAAUCUGCAAGUGCACCGGCGGAUCCACACGAAGGAGCGGCCGUACAAGUGUGAGAUCUGUGGCCGGGCGUUCGAGCACAGUGGAAAGCUGCACCGGCACAUGCGCAUUCAUACCGGCGAGCGGCCACACAAAUGCAACGUGUGCGGAAAAACGUUCAUACAGUCGGGCCAGCUUGUCAUUCACAUGCGAACACAUACCGGUGAAAAACCAUACAAAUGCCCAGUGGAGGGUUGUGGUAAGGGAUUUACCUGUAGCAAACAGCUGAAGGUACACUCCCGGACGCAUACGGGUGAAAAGCCGUACCAUUGUGAUAUCUGUUUCCGGGACUUUGGCUACAACCACGUACUGAAGCUGCACCGUGUGCAGCAUUACGGAGCCAAAUGCUACAAGUGCACGAUCUGCGACGAAACGUUCAAGAGCAAGAAAGAAAUGGAGGCUCACAUCAAGGGUCACGCAAAUGAGCUGCCGGAUGAUGAAGAGGGAGCAGAAGGUGGAUGUAAGCAGGAGGAUCCGGCAGGUGGAACAGAACGGUCAGCAGCAUCCACAGCGGUGGAGAUACCCUCCGGUGGCAAUAGCAACAGCAACAGCAACAGCUCGUUCGAGUACUCCUCCAGCAUGAGCCACACCGAGGGUACGGAACACGCGCCGUCUAGUGAUGAACCUUCCGGGCAGAGUUCGGGUGCGAGUCGCUUUACGAUCCUGAAAUCAUCCUCACCGUCUCCACCCUCGACGGCAUCAUCGUGCGUGGGAAUAAACGACGACGGCCAGCUGGCCAGUGUCGAUGAGGAGGAUGACGAAGAAGACGAUGCCGAUGAGGAUGAGAUGGAUCAUAAGCAAGUUCCGCCGUACGACACAAUGGCCCAAUCGUUCGAUCAGUCAUUACAACGCGCCUACGGUAGUAUGCCGACCGGUGGUGUUGCUCCUGCACUGCUUGCGGCUGCAUCCAUUGCGGCUGCGGUAGAAAAUGGCUGCACCGAGGUGAAGUUCUGUCCCGAUAUAAAGCCGCAGCGUUCGAUCUCACCAGUACAGCCGGCUGCACUUUCCAUCACCAGAGUUACACCUCCACCGUCCUCCGGUUCGUCGUCCUCCUCUUCCUCAUCCUCAUCGGUCCUGUCGAUCCCACCGGCCGCAGCUGCCUCAUCUACGCUUCUCGAACCGACCGGUACGGGUGUAAUGGCCGCGUCGGGUCAGUUCAUGUACGAACCCUUAGCCAUCAUGAAGCACCAUGGAUACUUUGCACCGGCAUCACAAAUUACAGAAUAUCGUUCAUCCAGUGAUAUUGUACGCCAGGUGGAGGCCGCCAUUGCUGGUACGGAAAAUCUGCUUACACCGCCGCGAUCCUCACCGGAGUCACCCGAUCGCUCAUCCUCACCCGAAUCCGAUUCAGUAUUAAUGGCGGACAGGGACAACAACACGUUGCCACCGCGCAAACGGAAGCUGUACUUCAAGGACAGCCAGCAGCAAUCGUCCGGUCCGAAGAUGGCGUCGGUUGAUACGGUGACGUCACAGCAUUACGGUGUCGUACAGCAAUCGAUCGGUCUACAGCAGCAGCAGCAACAAACCCUACCCCGGGACGUUCAUUCCGGCCAUCAUCAACAGCAUUUCCAUCACCAUCAAAUUCCACCCCAGCAGCACGGAUCGGAGAGUCACCACCAGCAGCCGUCACAGCAGGCCCACUAUUCGCACCAGCCAAGUGCGGACGAGGAACGGUCCGUGAAGCUGGAGGUGCUGCGGAAUGUGUCACCGUGCCACCGGGAACAGCGGCAACCAUCGCCAACACCGACACAACCUCAGGUGGCCACCACCGUGAUACGGAUGAGCUCCGUCAUCCAGUACGCGAACAAGUCAUCGUAG